AUGUAUUUCCUAAACCAGAGUCAGUUACAGAUGCCACUCUGUGGAGCCGGAACCAAAGCCAACACUCUGGUUUUCAUUUUUUAUUUCCCAAACAGCCAAUGAUCCGUCACCUGUAGCUCUGGGGUUGGGAUUCAUUUGGGAUUUAUCCCGCAUUUCCAUCAUUUUCCUCCCGCCACUGGCAUCGCGAUGGGUCGCGCGGAGGAGCCGCAUCAGCAGCGCGAGCAGACGCGUCUCCUGCCGCUCCGUCUCGGUUCGACAGGCUCGAGGAGGACGAGCUGAUUCUGCGGAGUUAAAGGAGAAGAAGGAGGAGAGGAAGACGGAGGUGGAAAUCCCGCGAGAGAAACAAAAAAAGAGAGAGGGAGAGGUGGUGGAGGGGGGAAGAAACGCGGACAGAUACGCAUUCAGAGCAGAAGCGCCGCACGUGAGGCGCGCGAGCGGAGAGGGGAGUAAUCAUUAAUUUUGGAGGAGCUCCGCGGUGAAUUUCUGCUCUUUUUCCAGCUCACAGACGGAGAAAAAGAGUCUCCGAAGCAGACUGUCCAGAUGAAUCCAAUGACACAACUGUACUACAAAAAGGCGACAUAUUCGCCGUACCGCGACCGCAUCCCGCUUCAGAUCGUCCGAGCUGAAGUGGAGCUGUCAGCCGAGGAGCGGGCCUACCUCACCGCUGUGGAGAAAGGUGACUAUGCCGGGGUCAAACACGCCCUCCGCGAGGCCGAGGUUUACUACAACAUGGACGUGAACUGCUUGGACCCGCUGGGCCGCAGCGCGCUGCUCAUCGCCAUCGAGAACGAGAACCUGGAGAUCAUGGAGCUCCUGCUGGACCACGGCAUCCACACGGGCGACGCCCUGCUGUACGCCAUCAGGAAGGAGGUGGUGGGCGCUGUGGAGCUGCUGCUGUCGCACAGGCGGCCGAGCGGCGAGAAGCAGGUUCCCUCCCUGAUGAUGGACAGCCAGUUCUCGGAGUUCACCCCCGACAUAACUCCCAUCAUGCUCGCUGCUCACACCAACAACUACGAGAUCAUCAAGCUGCUUGUCCAGCGCAAGGUCACCAUCCCAAGGCCGCACCAGAUACGAUGCGACUGCGUAGAGUGUGUUUCCAGUUCAGAGGUCGACAGCCUUCGACAUUCCCGGUCUCGACUCAACAUCUACAAGGCGCUGGCGUCGCCGUCUCUCAUCGCGCUGUCCAGUGAGGAUCCCAUCCUCACUGCCUUCAGACUGGGCUGGGAACUCAAAGAGCUGAGCAAGGUGGAGAACGAGUUUCGCCAGGAGUACGAGGAGCUUUCCCAGCAGUGCAAGCGAUUCGCCAAAGACCUCCUGGAUCAGGCCAGAAGUUCCCGCGAGCUGGAGACCAUCCUGAACCACAGAGACAACGACCAGAGCGAGGAGCUGGACCCCAGGCAGUGCCACGACUUGGCCAAGCUCAAGCUCGCCAUCAAGUACCACCAGAAGGAGGUAGGGACCCAUCAGAGCCCAAGUGGUUUGUGUUUCCAUGUCUGGAGGGCUGCUGCUUCCCCGCUAGGCUUGAUCUUUUGCCUGUUUUGUUGUUAAACACUGCGGCGGAGUAAUGGACUGAGCUAGCGGUUGUGUUUUUGCAUAAUUAGCCUUCAUUUCCAGGCUGGACGUUAAAUGUCAGUGUAUACGUUCUUCUCUUACAUGGUGCCCUGAUGGCUGUGCUGCCGGUUUUAUGGCCCCACUGUGCAGUUUUCCAUUGAGUAGGUUUAAUGAACUAAAUGUUAAAUUUCUCAUCUAAUUUGCUCCAACUGGAUAGCAAAUUGUUUUUAAAUGUCAGUUCAGUGACCAUAUUGUAAGAUGAAAGUAAGUGAGCAGUUAUCCACCCGGCGUCUGACCUUCUCACUUUAUUCACCGAAUGAGGUUUAUAUGAAGUAUAUUAGUUUUAGCAAAACAAUAAUAAACUUUUAAACUGGAAAGUGCAGCUUCAUAGCAGUCGAUGUAAAUGCUGGACAAAUUUUGGAGUCCUAAGUGUAAAAUCUAUUGCUUUUUUUUUUCAAUUAAAAAAAAAAUCACUUUUUCUCUGGUUU